UUAAAAAUAGAACCACACGAACACGGUCUACGCAAAAAAAAAAAAAAAAUCAGGUUGCAGCACCAGCAACCAGCCAAACCAGAGAACACCAGCACAAUACAUACCAGUACGAGUACCACACAACACAUUUUUGUGUGUUCGUAUAAAAUUAAAAUAAGUUCAACGUGCCGAAACUCGGUAUCAUAUUCAUUUUAUUUAUUAUAGACUUAACAUUAUUUUCAUCGCGGAUUCUGAUCAUAAAAAAUAUAAAUUGUCAGAAAAAUCUGCAAUAUACCACACCUACGACAAUUCUCGCAUUUUUUUUUAUGAAUUAAAAUCACACAUCUUCUCGAUCUCCAGUGAAAGUGAAUUUUUUUUUUUUGUUCGUUUUGUAAUCGUCUGCAUUUUUGUUUUGUGACGUCACGAAGGCAAAUCAUGUCAAACCUAGAUAAAAUGAUGCAGCCAAUGUUCACAAGUGAUUUUCAUAGGAAGAAGCAUUUCGGUCCUGGUGGCUCCUAUAAUAAUAAUAAUAGCAAUGCAGAAAAAAUUGCAUCUGCAGCAGCUGCUGCAGCAGCACCUCGAGACAUUGCUGCAACUAAAGACGAAACCAAAGAUUCUGAAAUAGUUGAGAUGCGACCAGAGCAUUUAUUUAAACAUCCAUUGCAGAAUAAAUGGACAUUAUGGUAUUUGGAGAGUGAUCGAUCAAAAGCAUGGGAGGAAUUACAAAACGAGAUUACAAGUUUUGAUACAGUUGAAGAUUUCUGGAGUCUUUACAAUCACAUUAAGCCCCCAUCUGAGAUUAAAAUCGGCAGCGAUUACUCUUUGUUCAAAAAAGGAAUUCGACCAAUGUGGGAAGAUAGCGCUAACAAACAAGGUGGACGAUGGAUGAUUUCAUUGAGCAGAGGUCACAAACCAUCAGAUAUGGACAAUCUAUGGCUGGAUGUUCUCCUCUGCUUGAUUGGUGAAGCAUUUGAUCAUUCGGACCAAAUUUGUGGAGCUGUCAUUAAUCUUCGUGGAAAGGGACACAAAAUUGCCAUUUGGACAGCUGAUGGUAACAAUGAAGAAGCAACUCUUGAAAUUGGUCAUAAACUAAAGGAUUCAUUGCGUCUAUCAAAAUCCACAUUACAAUAUCAAUUACACAAAGAUACAAUGGUUAAACAAGGACCAAGUGUGAAACCUAGAUUCACUCUCUAAAGAGUGUUUUUGUAGUGUAUUUCUGUUAAAAGAUAGCACAAGAAAAUGUCUAUUUCUUAACAGAAAUCAUCGCACCAACAUUUCAAUUAUCAUUUCUCCUUUUUUUUCAAAACUCUAGUUGUAUAUUUAAUUAUAAUUUCUUUUUUUAACAAAUUGAUUUAUGAACAAAAAAAAAAAUUAACACUGAUUUAAACAAAAGAGAAUAUCGUGAAGUCGAUCUAUUCGAUUGAAUUUGACAAGAAAUAGAACUCACGAAAUGAUUUCAAAAACAGAAUAAAAGGGCUGGUCUUAUCACAAAAAAAAAAUAAUUAAACAAGUUUCCAUUUGUCAAAAAGAAUACUGGAAAACUAAAAAAAAAAAUGUAAAAUCAACAGUUGAUUCGUAGUUCUUUCGUAUUUUCUUCGUAACCCAAUCUCUAUGUUAUUGUGAAGAAAUUUGAAUUAUUUAAAUAAAAUUUAAACAAAAAAAAACAGAAACAAA